CUUAAAACAAACGAACUAAGAACUGGUGGUAGUAUCAUUCUUGGUCCAAAUAGCAACAAAACGAAAUCCUAGCCAGUGAAAUCACGAUGGGUUUAGCGAAUAAAAAAAGUCGUCCACGGAAGCGGCAAAAGCGUUGUAAUGGUAUGAUGAUGACGUUAUUGGAGUGGAUCGGAUUAGCGACUUACCCGAAGCGAUCAUUUGCCACAUUCUUUCUUUCCUUCCCAUGAACUCUGUUGUAGCCACGAGUUCGUUGUCCAAAAGCUGGAGACCUCGAUGGACUGAAGUAACCAGCUUCCACUUCGGAAAUCGGUGGUGGCCUGACGGUAACGGCUUGGAUUGCGCCCAGUUUGUUAACAAGUCUUUACGGAGAAAUAAUAAUGAGUCAUCGCCCGCCAUCCACAAGUUUGGUCUCCAAUGGGACAGUACUUUUGCAUCCGGAUUUAACCCCAACAUGUUUCUCACCCGCUGUUUGCUCUCCGCUGUUUGUCGAAAAGUUCGGGUUGUCGAUUUGGAUGCUUUUAGCGUGAGAAGAGGUGGAAUUUCCAUACCGGAGGAACUUUAUACUUGUAAGACACUGGAGAUUCUAAAAUUAAGAGGGCCAUUUGAGGUUAAAGCUCCUCCACCCGACGAGGAGGUCGAGGUUUUUCUUCCAAAACUUGUUCAUUUGGAACUCAACUUUGUUCAUUACUAUCAUGUAUCGGGCGAUGAGUUCAUUCAUAAGCUAAUUCGAGGUUGCCCAGUUCUCCAAUCUCUAAGAAUUGAAAGAAAUCAGUACUUCUCUGACUCCAAGGAUGUAAGUUGGUCAAUUUCUUCCCCUGCAUUGGAAUGCCUUGAGAUCUAUUCCCAUGACGAUGGUUGCUUCAAAAGGUGUGAAACAUUAAAUUUCAAGCUGGAAAUUGAUGCGCCUGCACUCAAGAAGCUUGUUCUCAUUGAUCGAGUUGCGGGAGAAAUUUCGAUACGUGGAGGAGGACUACUGUCGAUAGAUUAA